GUAUUAUGCAAGAGGAGAUGCUGAAAAUGUAAUGCGAUACGUCAAUGGAACCAGGCUUGAUGAUAGGAUCAUAAGGACAGACUGGGAUGCAGGAUUUAAGGAGGGUGGACAGUAUGGUCGUGGAAGAUCAGGGGGCCAGGCAGGUGAUGAAUGUCGGCAAGACUAUGAUGCUGGAAGAGAUGGCUAUGGCAAAACUGUUUAA